AGGACACAGCCGGGGCCCAGUGGCGCAGCCCGGGCCGGUAGACUGACGGACCGCGCCCGUUGUCUCUUUGAGGCCCUGACGUGGACACACUUCGGGUUUCACGACUCCGGGUUUCUCCAGGGGAUGGGCCGGCCGGUGGAGGCGCGUGAGGGAGACGAAGGGACUUCCGUUUCCUUCACCUAGGCUGGGGCCAAGCCGCAGAGCGGAGUUGGCAUUUCCAGAUCGGGGCUCGGGCCGCGCCUCCUUCGGGACCCUCCCCUUGGACCGAGCCGAUCGCCGCGGGGCAGUUCGGGCCGGCUGUCCUGGCGCGUGCAUUGGAUGAUUCCAACUAGGCUGACAAAGUAGUAAUAUCUAAAAAGGUUAGCCAGGACCAUUUCAAUAGAAAAGGUGGACAAGUCCUAUUUUCAAGAGAAGAUGACUUUUAACAGUUUUGAAGGAUCUAAAACUUGUGUACCUGCAGACAUCAAUAAGGAAGAAGAAUUUGUAGAAGGGUUUAAUAGAUUAAAAACUUUUGCUAAUUUUCCAAGUGGUAGUCCUGUUUCAGCAUCAACACUGGCACGAGCAGGGUUUCUUUAUACUGGUGAAGGAGAUACCGUACGGUGCUUUAGUUGUCAUGCAGUUGUAGAUAGAUGGCAAUAUGGAGACUCAGCAGUUGGAAGACACAGGAAAGUAUCCCCAAAUUGCAGAUUUAUCAACGGCUUUUAUCUUGAAAAUAGUGCCACGCAGUCUACAAAUUCUGGUAUCCAGAAUGGUCAGUACAAAGUUGAAAACUAUCUGGGAAGCAGAAAUCAUUUUGCCUUAGACAGGCCAUCUGAGACACAUGCAGACUAUCUUUUGAGAACUGGGCAGGUUGUAGAUAUAUCAGACACCAUAUACCCGAGGAACCCUGCCAUGUAUAGUGAAGAAGCUAGAUUAAAGUCCUUUCAGAACUGGCCACACUAUGCUCACCUAACCCCAAGAGAGUUAGCAAGUGCUGGACUCUACUACACAGGUAUUGGUGACCAAGUGCAGUGCUUUUGUUGUGGUGGAAAACUGAAAAAUUGGGAACCUUGUGAUCGUGCCUGGUCAGAACACAGGCGACACUUUCCUAAUUGCUUGUUUGUUUUGGGCCGGAAUCUUAAUAUUCGAAGUGAAUCUCGUGCUGUGAGUUCUGAUAGGAAUUUCCCAAAUUCAACAAAUCUUCCAAGAAAUCCAUCCAUGGCAGAUUAUGAAGCACGGAUCUUUACUUUUGGGACAUGGAUAUACUCAGUUAACAAGGAGCAGCUUGCAAGAGCUGGAUUUUAUGCUUUAGGUGAAGGUGAUAAAGUAAAGUGCUUUCACUGUGGAGGAGGGCUAACUGAUUGGAAGCCCAGUGAAGACCCUUGGGAACAACAUGCUAAAUGGUAUCCAGGGUGUAAAUAUCUGUUAGAACAGAAGGGACAAGAAUAUAUAAACAAUAUUCAUUUAACUCAUUCACUUGAGGAGUGUCUGGUAAGAACUACUGAGAAAACACCAUCACUAACUAGAAGAAUUGAAAAGGUGGACAAGUCCUAUUUUCAAGAGAAGAUGACUUUUAACAGUUUUGAAGGAUCUAAAACUUGUGUACCUGCAGACAUCAAUAAGGAAGAAGAAUUUGUAGAAGGGUUUAAUAGAUUAAAAACUUUUGCUAAUUUUCCAAGUGGUAGUCCUGUUUCAGCAUCAACACUGGCACGAGCAGGGUUUCUUUAUACUGGUGAAGGAGAUACCGUACGGUGCUUUAGUUGUCAUGCAGUUGUAGAUAGAUGGCAAUAUGGAGACUCAGCAGUUGGAAGACACAGGAAAGUAUCCCCAAAUUGCAGAUUUAUCAACGGCUUUUAUCUUGAAAAUAGUGCCACGCAGUCUACAAAUUCUGGUAUCCAGAAUGGUCAGUACAAAGUUGAAAACUAUCUGGGAAGCAGAAAUCAUUUUGCCUUAGACAGGCCAUCUGAGACACAUGCAGACUAUCUUUUGAGAACUGGGCAGGUUGUAGAUAUAUCAGACACCAUAUACCCGAGGAACCCUGCCAUGUAUAGUGAAGAAGCUAGAUUAAAGUCCUUUCAGAACUGGCCACACUAUGCUCACCUAACCCCAAGAGAGUUAGCAAGUGCUGGACUCUACUACACAGGUAUUGGUGACCAAGUGCAGUGCUUUUGUUGUGGUGGAAAACUGAAAAAUUGGGAACCUUGUGAUCGUGCCUGGUCAGAACACAGGCGACACUUUCCUAAUUGCUUGUUUGUUUUGGGCCGGAAUCUUAAUAUUCGAAGUGAAUCUCGUGCUGUGAGUUCUGAUAGGAAUUUCCCAAAUUCAACAAAUCUUCCAAGAAAUCCAUCCAUGGCAGAUUAUGAAGCACGGAUCUUUACUUUUGGGACAUGGAUAUACUCAGUUAACAAGGAGCAGCUUGCAAGAGCUGGAUUUUAUGCUUUAGGUGAAGGUGAUAAAGUAAAGUGCUUUCACUGUGGAGGAGGGCUAACUGAUUGGAAGCCCAGUGAAGACCCUUGGGAACAACAUGCUAAAUGGUAUCCAGGGUGUAAAUAUCUGUUAGAACAGAAGGGACAAGAAUAUAUAAACAAUAUUCAUUUAACUCAUUCACUUGAGGAGUGUCUGGUAAGAACUACUGAGAAAACACCAUCAUUAACUAGAAGAAUUGAUGAUACCAUCUUCCAAAAUCCUAUGGUACAAGAAGCUAUACGAAUGGGGUUCAGUUUCAAGGACAUUAAGAAAGUAAUGGAGGAAAAAAUUCAGAUAUCUGGGAGCAACUAUAAAUCACUUGAGGUUCUGGUUGCAGAUCUAGUGAAUGCUCAGAAAGACAGUACUCAAGAUGAGUCAAGUCAAACUUCAUUACAGAAAGAGAUUAGUACUGAAGAGCAGCUAAGGCGCCUGCAAGAGGAGAAGCUUUGCAAAAUCUGUAUGGAUAGAAAUAUUGCUAUCGUUUUUGUUCCUUGUGGACAUCUAGUCACUUGUAAACAAUGUGCUGAAGCAGUUGACAAGUGUCCCAUGUGCUACACAGUCAUUACUUUCAAGCAAAAAAUUUUUAUGUCUUAAUCUAACUCUAUAGUAGGCAUGUUAUGUUGUUCUUAUUACCCUGAUUGAAUGUGUGAUGUGAACUGACUUUAAGUAAUCAGGAUUGAAUUCCAUUAGCAUUUGCUACCAAGUAGGAAAAAAAAUGUACAUGGCAGUGUUUUAGUUGGCAAUAUAAUCUUUGAAUUUCUGGAUUUUUCAGGGUAUUAGCUGUAUUAUCCAUUUUUUUUACUGUUAUUUAAUUGAAACCAUAGACUAAGAAGCAUCAUAUUAUAACUGAACACAAUGUGUACUCAUAGUAUACUGAUUUAAUUUCUAAGUGUAAGUGAAUUAAUCAUCUGGAUUUUUUAUUCUUUUCAGAUAGGCUUAACAAAUGGAGCUUUCUGUAUAUAAAUGUGGAGAUUAGAGUUAAUCUCCCCAAUCACAUAAUUUGUUUUGUGUGAAAAAGGAAUAAGUUGUUCCACGCUGGUGGAAAGAUAGAGAUUGUUUUUAGAGGUUGGUUGUUGUGUUUUAGGAUUCUGUCCAUUUUCUUUUAAAAUUAUAAACACAUACUUGUGUGAAUUAUUUUUUCAAAGUGAUUUGCCAUUUUUGAAAGCGUAUUUAAUGAUAGAAUACUAUCGAGCCAACAUGUACUGACAUGGAAAGAUGUCAAAGAUACGUUAAGUGUAAAAUGCAAGUGGCAAAACACUAUGUAUAGUCUGAGCCAAAUCAAAGUAUGUAUGUUUUUUAUAUGCAUAGAACAAAAGAUUUGGAAAGAUAUACACCAAACUGUUAAAUGUGGUUUCUCUUCGGGGAGGGGGGAUUGGGGGAGGGGCCCCAGAGGGGUUUUAUAGGGGCCUUUUCACUUUCUAUUUUUUUCAUUUUGUUCUGUUCGAAUUUUUUAUAAGUAUGUAUUACUUUUGUAAUCAGAAUUUUUAGAAAGUAUUUUACUGAUUUAAAGGCUUAGGCAUGUUCAAACGCCUGCAAAACUACUUAUCACUCAGCUUUAGUUUUUCUAAUCCAAGAAGGCAGGGCAGUUAACCUUUUUGGUGCCAAUGUGAAAUGUAAAUGAUUUUAUGUUUUUCCUGCUUUGUGGAUGAAAAAUAUUUCUGAGUGGUAGUUUUUUGACAGGUAGACCAUGUCUUCUUAUCUUAUUUCAAAAUAAGUAUUUCUGAUUUUGUAAAAUGAAAUAUAAAAUAUGUCUCAGAUCUUCCAAUUAAUUAGUAAGGAUUCAUCCUUAAUCCUUGCUAGUUUAAGCCUGCCUAAGUCACUUUACUAAAAGAUCUUUGUUAACUCAGUAUUUUAAACAUCUGUCAGCUUAUGUAGGUAAAUGUAGAAGCAUGUUUGUACACUGCUUGUAGUUAUAGUGACAGCUUUCCAUGUUGAGAUUCUCAUAUCAUCUUGUAUCUUAAAGUUUCAUGUGAGUUUUUACCGUUAGGUUGAUUAAGAUGUAUAUAGGACAAAAUGUUAAGUCUUUCCUCUACCUACAUUUGUUUUCUUGACUAGUAAUAGUAGUAGAUACUUCUGAAAUAAAUGUUCUGUCAAGAUCCUUAAAACCUCUUGGAAAUGAUAAAAAUAUUGGCAAGAAAAGAAUAGUUGUUUAAAUAUUUUUUUAAAAACACUUGAAUAAGAAUCAGUAGGGUAUAAACUAGAAGUUUAAAAAUGCUUCAUAGAAGGUCCAGGGUUUACAUUACAAGAUUCUCACAACAAACCUAUUGUAGAGGUGAGUAAGGCAUGUUACUACAGAGAAAAGUUUUGAGAGUAAAACUGUAAAAAAUUAUAUUUUUGUUGUAUUUUCUAAGAGAAAGAGUAUUGUUAUGUUCUCCUAACUUCUGUUGAUUACUACUUUAAGUGAUAUUCAUUUAAAACAUUGCAAAUUUAUUUUAUUUAAUUUUCUUUUUGAGAUGGAGUCUUGCUUGUCACCCAGGCUGGAGUGCAGUGGCAUGAUCUCUGCUCACUGCAACCUCCGCCUCCUGGGUUCAAGCGAUUCUCGUGCCUCAGCUUCCUGAGUGGCUGGGAUUACAGGCAGGUGCCACCAUGCCCGACUAAUUUUUUUAUUUUUAGUAGAAACGGGGUUUCACCAUGUUGGCCAGGCUGGUCUCAAACUCCUGACCUCAAGAGAUCCACCCUUGCCCUCCCAAAGUGCUGGGAUUACAGGCUUGAGCCACCACGCACGGCCAAAACAUUGCAAAUUUAAAUGAGAGUUUUAAAAAUUAAAUAAUGACUGCCCUGUUUCUGUUUUAGUAUAUAAAUCCUCAGUUCUUCACCUUUGCACUGUCUGCCACUUAGUUUGGUUAUAUAGUCAUUAACUUGAAUUUGAUCUGUAUAGUCUAGACUUUAAAUUUAAAGUGUUCUACAAGGGGAGAAAAGUGUUAAAAUUUUUAAAAUAUGUUUUCCAGGACACUUCACUUCUAAGUCAGGUAGGUAGUUCAAUCUAGUUGUUAGCCAAGGACUCAAGGACUGAAUUGUUUUAACAUAAGGCUUUUCCUGUUCUGGGAGCCACACUUCAUUAAAAUUCUUCUUCUAAAACUUGUAUGUUUAGAGUUAAGCAAGACUUUUUUUCUUCCUCUCCAUGAGUUGUGAAAUUUAAUGCACAACGCUGAUGUGGCUAACAAGUUUAUUUUAAGAAUUGUUUAGAAAUGCUGUUGUUUCAGGUUCUUAAAAUCACUCAGCACUCCAACUUCUAAUCAAAUUUUUGGAGACUUACCAGCAUUUGUCUGUGUUUGAACUAUAAAAAGCACUGGAUCUUUUCCAUCUAAUUCUGCAAAAAUUGAUCAUUUGCAAAGUCAAAACUAUAGCCAUAUCCAAAUCUUUUCCCCCUCCCAAGAGUUCUCAGUGUCUACAUGUAGACAUUCCUUUUCUGUAUAAAGUUCACUCUAGGAUUUCAAGUCACCACUUAUUUUACAUUUUAGUCAUGCAAAGAUUCAAGUUGUUUUGCAAUAAGUACUUAUCUUUAUUUGUAAUAAUUUAGUCUGCUGAUCAAAAGCAUUGUCUUAAUUUUUGAGAAAUGGUUUUAGCAUUUACAAACUAAAUUCCAGUUAAUUAAUUAAUGGCUUUAUAUUGCCUUUCCUGCUACGUUUGGUUUUUUCCCCUGUCCCUUUGAUUACGGGCGAAGGUAGGGUAGAGUGGGUGUAGUGAGUGUAUAUAAUGUGAUUUGGCCCUGUGUAUUAUGAUAUUUUGUUAUUUUGGUUGUUAUUUACAUUUCAGUAAUUGUUUUUUCUGUUUCCAUUUUAGUGGAUAAAAUUCGUAUUUUGAACUAUGAAUGGAGACUACCGCCCCAGCAUUAGUUUCACAUGAUAUACCCUUUAAACCCGAAUCAUUGUUUUAUUUCCUGAUUACACAGGUGUUGAAUGGAGAAAGGGGCUAGUAUAUCAGUAGGAUAUACUAUGGGAUGUAUACAUAUCAUUGCCGUUAGAGAAAUAAAAUGGGGCCGGGUGUGGUGGCUCACACCUGUAAUCCCAGUACUUUGGGAGGCCGAGGCAGGUGGAUCACGAGGUCAGGAGAUAGAGACCAUCCUGGCUAACAUGGUGAAACCCCCUCUCUACUAAAAAACAGAAAAUUAGGCCGGGCGCGGUGGCUCACGCUUGUAAUCCCAGCACUUUGGGAGGCCGAGGCGGGCGGAUCACGAAGUCAGGAGAUCGAGACCAUGGUGAAACUCCGUCUCUACUAAAAAUACAAAAAAAAUUAGCCGGGCGUGGUGGCGGGCGCCUGUAGUCCCAGCUACUCGGAGAGGCUGAGGCAGGAGAAUGGCGUGAACCCGGGAGGCAGAGCUUGCAGUGAGCCGAGAUCGCGCCACUGCACUCCAGCCUGGGCAACAGAGCAAGACUCUGUCUCAAAAAAAAAAAAAAAAAAGAAAUAAGAAAAUGGGAAGCAAUAUUUGACAUAGUUCUUUUUAGCCAAAUCUACUUGUUAAAAAAAGGGUAGCAGUUUAUUCAUCUGUGAAAGGAGAGUAAUAUCUUACAAGGUUGCAAGAGCUCAAGGAGACCAUGUAUGUAAAGUUCCUGCUGUAAAUAUGAACUCCCACCCUAACACGCUUUUACCUCUGUGGGUUUGUCUUGACCUGGAAAUUUGGGCUAAAACUUAGAAAAAAAUCUUACAUGAUAACUCUUUCAGUGAUGCUUACUCAUAGUUUUUGGUGUUUCUCAUAGUUAAGAUAUAAAUCGGCCGGGCGUGGUGGCUCACGCCUGUAAUCCCAGCACUUUGGGAGGCCAAGGCGAGUGGAUCACCUGAAGUCGAGAGGUCGAGACCAGCCUGACCAACAUGGAGAAACCCCGUCUCUACUAAAAAUACAAAAUUAGCUGGGCGUGGUGGCUCAUGCCUGUAAUCCCAGCUCUUUGGGAGGCUGAGGCAGGAGAAUCGCUUGAACCCAGGAGGCGGAGGUUGUGGUGAGCCAAGAUCACGCCAUUGCACUCCAGCCUGGGCAACAAGAGCAAAACUCUGUCUCAAAAAAAAAAAAAAAAAAAAGAUAUAAA